GGUAGGAAGAAAGGAAUUAUAAAACUAGUGGGGCAUCCUCAAAACUUGCUUCUUAAGGACUAUCUUUAACAUUCUCUUCAUCAUCUUCUUCUUCUUCCCUUUCCAACUCUCCUCUUCUCCCAUCUACGCCUCUUUUCUGCUCAGAAGGCUUCAUUCAGAGAUCAUCAUAAUCGUCUCUUUCAUAUCAUCCCAAAAAGCUGAUGUCUCGCCUAAGACUAACAAAGAAGCUUCAACCAGCAAAGAAGGCCUGGAGGAACUUCUCCAACAGAGUCCAAUCCAAAGUCAACGAGCUCAACAUUUCCAGAGCAAUCAGAACUACCAUUCAACGCCUGGUUUCCACCUUUCAUUCUUUUCGUCACUUCAUCUCCGCCAAAGCUCGUCGUCAUCGUUCUCUUCCCACCAGACACUGCUCUUAUUAUAACCCUUCCUCUGCUUACCACCAUGUUCAGCACAAGAACUUCAGUGCCAUUCGUAUAGAUGACCUUUUUGCGGAGCCUUCAGCUUCUACACAUUCUUCUUCUUUUUCUUUGUCUGCUUCUGGGCAUGCGGCUAAAGGGGAAAUGAGAAGCAGAGGCAAAGCAGAAAUGAGAAAUAAGGAUUUGGGAGGAAAAGCAGAGAGCAGCAAUGGAUUGGAUACUUUAGAGGAUGCAUGGAAGGUUGUGGUGGUUAAGUCACCAAAUUUGCAGGUGGACGAGAAGGCAGAGGAGUUCAUCAAGAAGUUCCAUGAAGACAUGAAGCUUCAGAAAGAGAGGUCUUUGCUUGAAUUCCAAGAGAGGCUAGCUCGCAGUACCUGAGCUGAUUAAUUAUCGGACAAAAUUUAGGAUAUGAAAUGACAUAUUGAUGUGCAGGAGGUUUGGUUUUGGUUUUCUUCAAUUUGGGUUCAGUCUAAAGAAAAAGUAACCAUAUAAAUACAAGGCUCUUGAAAAGAUGUGUGAAGAUGUGUAGCAAAAUUACUAGCUACGCUUGUGUGAGAUUUUUAUUUGUGUUCUUUUUUGUCUUUUCCUUUAUCAUUCCCGGGCUUCUUCCAUUUGUUGCUAUUCUUUCUCAACAUACAGCAGACAGAAGGGUGCAGUGCUUUUCAUUGUUUUAAUCUGAUGAAUAAAUUGUGUAUACAAUGAAGUAGCUAGUGUAUUUGUGUUCUCCUAGCAA